CUCCAUGAACAACUUGAAUGAUCCCCCUAGAUGGAACAUCCAACCAGACCCCAGAGGAAGGGCGGAGGCUGGUGAUGGCAACCAAUGGAACUACGCCCUGCUGGUCCCCACUGGACUGGCUGCCUUCCGUUGGAUCUGGACCAGAGAAUCUCAGAGAGAAAUCCAGAAGGUCAAAGCCCAAUAUGACAAAGAUGUGUCCACAAUGCAAAUCGAGAUGGAGGCUCGUUACCGAGAGACGCUGACAGAGAGGCGCAGGGCAGCAGCUCUGCUGGAGCUGGAGCUGGAGAAGGAGAGGCAGAGGGUGAAAGGCUACAAACAGGCCAUGGUCUCACAGAGCCAGCAGCUUAUGGAAGAACGCAAGCAGCUGCAGAAAGAGCGAGAGACCUUGGAGGAAGACAAGCAAAUGUUAGUGAAGUCUGGAGCUGCAGGUGCUGUACUGCAUCAGGCCCUGGAGAGAGAGAACGACUGGUACCGACGGGCCACAGCCACUCUGAAGGAGCUCGAGGGUCAGCUGGUGGAGCGGCAGAAUGCCUACUGCUCCCUCAUGCAACCACGAGAUCAGCGACUGGAGAUGGAGAAGAACAUGCUGCUUAAGGUCGUUAAAGAGCCCAUCGGGGCAGAACUGGAUCUGGAGUCCGACCUGAAGGAUAUUUUUAAGAGAGAUAAGCAUUGUGCGGACCUGCUAAACGUGGACAAGAGGAAGAAUGGGAGCCUCAUGUGGGUGUAUCUCAAGUACUGGCAACUGCAAAUCACCAUCCAGAAACACAAAAGAGCCGAGGAAGCCGUGUUAGAAGGGAAAAUCCGGUCUGACCGAAAAUGACCGGCGCAAAGCUAAGCUGGUGUUUUCAUUUGACUUUGAAGGAUGUUGACAGUAUGUGCAGCAGGAAUGGAAAAUGUUGUCCCCACUCUGUGUAACAUCUUCACCUGAAAGGAAUGUUAUGCAAACACACAAGUGGUAACAAGGAAAUGUUCAAUAUUUAAAAGUUUUAUCUAUUAUCUCAGAAGCCCCAGUUAAGACUCAUUAGCUUUGACUUAAAAUGCAUGAAAAAUUAAACAUGCACAAGGAUAAUUCAGGAAGUACAAGACUCAUGUUUAAUGAAAUAUAAAGAGAUGAUUGUUUUCCAUUUAGCUACUUGAAAAAUGUUCAAAAAUCAAUUUACUUUGCAUUCUCUGAAUGCCAUGAAUAAAUGUUAGUUUAAAAUAUAUCUGGAAGGGGAUGUUUUUAUCCCCUAUUAUCAGAUAUGAAUUCAGGGUUUCCACAAACUGUUCACUUUGUCCCACAUGACAAUACACUUUCUGGAAAAGCACUGUUUCUCAUCAGAAAGUUAGUCAAAUUAUUAAUAUCACUCAAGUGAAAAACACCAUCCAAAACAUGUUGCCAACACCAUUAUUACAUUGCAGUGUUUUUCAUUUUUGUGGGAUGUGUUUUGUAUACUUGAUGAUGGACUGUUGUGGGAGAUAUUUAUCAUGGAAACAGAUUUGUUUGUGAUUUGUUUUUACCUCCAUCUAUGACGUCUCUAUUUACAGCUGAAACUGUUGCCAUCCUGUAAUACAGUAUAGAAUAGUGCUCUUGUUCCUCAUCACUGGUCUGUGGGAUUCUGAUAACUAGCAGGGAAAUAGGACUUUACUCAAGGUGCAUGUGUAUAAAGUAGGACUCAGUGCUUCUUCUAGCAAGAAAAUAUAAAAAAAAUAAAACAAGAAAAGCUGUCAGUUGAUCUCACACUCUUAAGCACUGGUACUGAAAGAACUAUGUAAAAUCUGUAGCUUUUUUAUUUGGUCAUCAGGCCUCUCUGUGCUGUUAUGUUUUUAUCUUCAACUCGGUGAAUAAGUGCUGGAUGUAAUGCCAUAAAAUAGGAUAUAAUGACAAUGA